UACUGCGGCUGUUGAGAAAAGCCUUCUGGAUGGUCCAUUCGCGAAGCGCUCGGACGAUGCCCCCAACAGCGCGAGGACUUCUGCUGCACCUUCACUGUUUACUUCACACACAAAGGGUCUCUGACGCGUGGAAAAUGGUGCAACUGGCAAAAGGCGGAGUGAUCUGGAACUCUUAAGUGCCAUGAAGAGACAGAAGCAAAUUCCAUGCCAGUUUAGCUGCACAUCUAUCGCUCCACGCCUGAAGAUGAAGAUGAUCUCAUGCUUGCGCCCGUUUACCUCCCUGUCUCGUUUAAAAACAAUGUCUUCAAGGAAAUUCGCUGCAUGAUUCAACAGUCACGCCGUAUCUCCUGAUUACUUUAUCGCUUUUCGACCAUUUCAUGAAUUAACUGCAACCCAAAAUGAAAUUUCCAACGGAAAACCCAAGGAAACCAGGGAACUGGAACCCUCCACCAGUGCCAGUGCAGACCAACCUGGUGCCGCCGAAGAAGGUCCAAUCAGGGAUGUUGCAAUCCAGCUUGGUGCAGGCCAGUGUGGCCACCAUGCAGAACCCCAUGGGUUGCACUUUACCUCGCCUUUCUGUCUCCCGGCCCGCUAGUAUGGUGGCCAGCAUGGAAGUGGUGGGGGACGGCUCAGCCCUCCUCACGGUCAUGAAAUGGAAGACUGUCCUUGCCGUGUUUGUGGUGGUGGUAGCGUACCUGGUCACCGGCGGUCUGGUGUUCAGAGCCCUGGAGCAACCCUUUGAGAGCAACCAAAAAGACACCAUCACUUUGAAGAAAGCCGCCUUCCUGGAGAAACAUACCUGCGUGACACGAGAUGAGCUGGAAGAGCUCAUCAAGCACUCUGUAGAUGCAGUGAACGCUGGCGUCAGUCCUAUCGGAGACACAUCAUACAACUCCAGUCACUGGGACUUAGGGAGCUCCUUUUUCUUCGCUGGAACUGUAAUAACAACAAUAGGUUAUGGCAACAUCUCUCCAAGCACAGAGGGUGGGAAGAUUUUCUGCAUCCUUUAUGCAAUUUUUGGCAUCCCACUCUUUGGCUUUCUUCUGGCUGGUGUUGGUGAUCAACUAGGGACUAUUUUUGUGAAGAGCAUUGCUAAAGUGGAGAAAAUGUUCAGGCGCAAACACAAUCAAAUAAGCCAGACCAAGAUUCGAGUGGCCUCUACAUUGCUCUUCAUCUUGGCUGGCUGCAUUCUCUUCGUCACCAUACCAGCCAUCAUCUUCAAGCACAUUGAAGGAUGGACCGGGCUGGAGGCGAUUUAUUUCGUGGUCAUCACACUGACGACUGUUGGGAUCGGAGAUUAUGUAGCAGGAGGCAAUAGAAGAAUAGAGUACCGUAAAUGGUACAGACCGCUGGUGUGGUUCUGGAUCCUGGUUGGACUGGCUUACUUUGCUGCAGUUCUGAGCAUGAUUGGAGACUGGCUCAGGGUGCUUUCAAAAAAGACAAAAAUGGAGGUGGGUGAAAUUAAGGCUCAUGCUGCCGAAUGGAAGGCCAACGUUCGCGCAGAGCUCCGUGAGACCAGGCGCCGACUCAGCGUGGAAGUCCACGACAAACUGCAAAGGGCUGCCACCAUUCGCAGCAUGGAGCGCAGGCAGCUAGGUUUCGACCAGCGGGCCCAUUCUCUGGACAUGCUCUCCCCUGAACGUCGAGCUGCCUUCAACAGCCUGGACACCACCAAUUACAAAACAUCCUCCCAGGAGAGCAUCGACACAAAGCUCAACAACCUGCGUCUACGAAUUGAGCAGAAUGAGCAUCGGCGGAGCGACCCAAGCCAGGCGUACUCUGAAGAUAACAUUUUCAACCGCCUUGGUUCAGUCACAAAACUAGCCAAACGGAACAAGAACAAAGAGUUGAGGAAAAACAUCCCAGACGACGGUCGGAAAGCCUUAGAUUCCUUCACCUGUAAUACUCCCACAAUGGAUGAGGAGAAGAAAGAGGCCGAGGACGAGGAGCUUGAGAAAGAGGUCAACACCAGUCUGACCAACUUACCUCUCUUUGUGGAGAGCCCCAAUAAACAAAACGGAUUCAUGCCUCUACCGCCACAGACCAAAGAGGAAGAAAACGAGACAAAACUUGAAGACCAAGAGUUCCAUUUGCAGAUGGAGCCUUAGAGGGAACCGAGUAGGAAAAUAACAUACGCCUAAAGUGCCUUUUUUAGCCCUUACCCUGAGCUGAGAUGUAAGAAUCUCAAUUUCUGCUGUUCGUUUAACUGUUCACUGUGUCCUGAUAACUUGAUAAUGGAAAUAUGGCGACAGUAGCACUGGAUCUCACCAGUAGCACUGGUUCUCUUCUUCAGACCACUGAAAAAUGCUUGUAUAAGUUGGAAAGAAUCUCUCCAAACAUCCUGGACAAAAUCCGUAGCAAGCUACGUUGGCAGUUUGUUUGAAGUGUGACUGAAAGUGCUUCACUUUCAAUGUUCUUUCUGCCAGACUGUACUUCAAGGUCGUUUGGCAAGAAGCAUAACUGCUUAAAAACAAUGUCUGUCAAGAUCCCCCUCCCAUUCGAAAUGAAGAAACCUACCUUGAGACUUGAAUCCCCUAGAUCAGAGAUGAUAAAACUCUUUGAAUAUGAAGAAACCAUGUUAAAUUGGUGACACGUCGUAUAUGCACGGAGCUCUACUGUCCUGUAUAACAAGUUGAGUGCAUCAAAAUGUGAUCCAGAUUUAUGAAAUUAACCUAUGAAAUCUCAGGGCUUGUAGUCCUACUGUAAUUGUUCAAUUGUACGGUAUGUCUGACAUACUAUUUGCUGUGCUCUCAUGAAAUAUCUAAAGCUGUUGCUACACUGUACUGUUUUCAUAGUUUGAAAUUUUAGGACAAUGGGACAAAAGAGAAGCCAUAAGAUAGAAAGUUAUAGGUAGACGUCAUCCAAGGUAGAAUAUCUAGUAGAGUUUAAUCACAAACGACUAAACAUAUCUGUUUAUUUCAAUUAAAGGGAUAGUUUACCCAAAAAUGUAGCUCCAAACCUGUAUAACUUACUUUUGUCUGCAGAACACAAAUGUUUAAAAUGUUUUUGUCUAUCCAAUUGAAGUCAAUAAGGUCCAAAACAACACAUGUUGAAGGCAUUUUCCAUUUUUGGGUUUACUGUCCCUUUAAGCCAUUGUCAAGUAAGCGAUUUUUGCUACCUGGUCUCAUGGCAUUUACGUACCUGGGUACACUUUUUAGCGUGACAUGAAAUACGUACCAAUAAGUACAUAUCACUGCAGUUUCCAAAAUAAAUGAACGCUUUCACACAAAUUUACAGAGUUGCGAUUAAUAAAGCGUAAAAAUCCAUGCGGGCCAGAUGUGGGCCGGAUCUGGGCCGACACUGCUUGCUGUCUGGGUAUGACUUCAAAACAAUAUUAAUAUGCUGGGAGAUUUGAAAACUGAUGCUUUUGAACGUUAGCAUCGCACACAUCCAGCUUCAUAUCUAUGGGUUUUCAUAGAUGAUAAGUUUGUUCGGUAGCUCACGGAGUACGGAGACAGACUUAGGAGACAAAAAGCACCAGUUCGAAUCCUGUGUAACUACGGUUUGACAAAGCAGUUAAAAUCUGCGUAAAAGGACGUUCAAAUGGCACAGUUGCAUCAGCUAAUACGUUUUUAUAUCAGUUUUGCAUUUGUUAACACUAUCGGGUGGGUUUAGGGUUGGAUUUGGUGUAGGGCAUAUUUCCAACACGAUAGAGCAUUAACUUUUAGCAACAGUCCCCGGAUAUUUGAAUUCUGAACCACUGCAAUAUGUAUCUGAAGUAACGUAAUAAAAAAACAGCAAUAAGUACCAAUAUCUACGUAAUAAAAACAUGCCAGGGUUCACAUAUUGAACCUGUGUUUUAGCGCCACUCAGUGGACAUUUCUAUUUGAAACUGCGGCGAAACGUGCAGCAAGGUACGUAAAACAGUGUCGCACAAAAAGUGUGCAGAGGUACGUAUUUUUAUGAGACCAGGUUGGAUUUUUGAAAAACAGUUGAAAGUGGAUUGAAUCGUGUAGCCAGUCACCAGUAAGGGGCGUGUCCACUCAUGAAGGGGGAGGUGCCUGUUGCAUAGCAUGUUGGUGAAUAUGGGGGCUAAGCUAACAAGAUAAGAUGUGAUCCUUUUGGGUAGGGGCCUGUUUGUUUUGGUCAUUUCAAAUAUCAAGAGUUUUGCAGAAAUCGCUUACUGUACCUUUAUUUAGUUGACCGAUGGCGCUGAUUACACAACAUUAUAACAUAUUCACAAUGUUAUGUUGAUUUGUGAAUGAUCAGGGUAAAAUCUUGACUUGAUUAAAGUCUACUAGACAUUCUGUAUGUGAAUGAAAGAAAUAUACGUCAUACUUAUGUUUUAGCUUUUAUGAAAGUAUAGAAUGCAGUUUCAUUUAGGAUUGACAGGGAAAUGUUACUCUCUUUUUUUUUGCCAAAAAACCUUUGCUUGAAAAUACCAUUUUGCACUUUUUACAAGUUUCUGUCUUUAGUUUAUGAUUUUUGUCUCUUCUUUUCCAGAAUGUUUCUGGACUAGACUUUUGACACACUACUAAACAAUGUUGUGCUAAUUGCCUGGGAGCGUCUGACAUAUUUGCGUGUGUGUGUUUGUGUUGAAACCAAAUACCGCUUUGUCUGAUGUGAUUGUUGUCUUGCUGACUGUAUUAAUGAAAACUCCCUGAGGCAGACACACGUAUCGGUACCUCAUUCCCACCAACUCGUAAACGCACACAUACACACAUUUACAGCUGCAGCAAAAUGCUUGUUGUUGAGCUAAUGUUAAUUACUCUUUUCAUGUUUGCAAUAGUCUAGAGCGAAUGCAGCAACGGACUGAAUAUUUGUGAUAAGAAAAAAGUUAUGACAAUUUAAAAAAUUUUAAAGCAUUCAAAACUAUUUAAAGACAUGGAUCCCUAAAGCAUGCUAUUGUGCUAAUAUGUUAUCAUGCUAUGGUAUUGAUUGUACCACAAACAUGCUUCUUGAGACUUUGAAAUGUCCAUGUUUGAGCUCUACUUCGGGCUGCACAUGCUAGUAAAUUGCUGUUCGCAGUAUCUGCAGUAUCUUGUGCAACCAUUACAUUCAAUGUAGUGAGUGCCUUUUGGAAAUAAACACAGUUGAACAAAAACCAAAAA